GAUGUUUUCAACCUUCUGUUUAUGUGCAUCUUUAAAGUACAACUAUUUUAUCCAUCGAUGGACGGGGUCUUAACUUCAUUUCUACUCCCAUCCCAUUCCAAAAACAGAGAUUUUUUCUCCAAAAUACUGUUUUUUUCGUAUUUCUUUUUAUUAAGACAGCCAUAUUUGUUUUCCACGUCGACAAAACUCAAAUAUAACGACGGAUUCGGAAAGAGCAUACCCAAAAAUAGUAGAAUAUACAUUGUUGGUCAAAUUGCUCAUGAUUUGAUAGGCAUUCAAGAGAGUCAAAAGUAAGCAGAAAAUUUUGGACUUUCAGGCGUUAAUGGGUUAAUGUUAACGUACGCGUCCAAGAGAUGAAGCUUGAGUAAGAACCCUUAAAAUGACCUGAAUCUUUGUACGAGGUCUCAUUGGCCCUGACACUUGCCCCUACCUAGAGUGGAUGAUGACGGGCGUUUUUCACCAACUUGAUGAGCUACCUCAAAGUUGGCCGCGCAAAUAUCAUGUUCGGUCGCCUCGUAUGCGUGCACAGCAAGACGAGGCUAGAAAUCGCGCGAUUGCCGCGUAUGGGAUUUCACGGAGAAAAAAUUUGAUGGCGCAAUAUCGCCGGCGAACAGGGCAGUAAGAAUAAAUUGACGUCUUGAAAGAAGCUCAGGGUGCUUGAAUGCACUGUGCCCCGUCGUGCGCCGUCGCGGGCUUAUUUCGCCCCGUUUCUCGGUGCGUAUACGUACUGCCACAAUGCUCUUCUCCCUUUCUCGGUACGUCAGCGGAGGGUGAAUUGAGUGGCGCAAGAGAAAUUUAUUGAGCGGACCUUGCGGAUCUCCUUUGCGCUACUCGCUGCUGCGUUCUCCGUCGACGUGCAACCGCGACAAACAAUGGAACGACUAAAAAAUGGCUAAAGAAUGUCGAAGAAUGAAACUUUAGAAUUAUUUAGCAAUUAAAAGAAUCAGAAUUUUUGAGCCGCGGAUGGUCGCAAAUGGUCAGCACCGCGGUGGAAUGCUGAAUGCAGUAUUCAAUUUGGAAUUCCUCGGAGCCAUUGCUGUGACCCGACGCGUGUUUCCAUCUCGCAGAUUUACAUAAGUGACUUAUGGUCAGCGAGUAUUACCCCCGUCGUGACGGGCGGGUCGUUCGGUCGUAUCUUUGAUGCGACGUUGGUGCGGGGAUUUAAAUGAGGGACGGUCGUUAUGGGACCCGGUGUGGAAUAUCACACGGGAGUGUCUGGUUUCGUCAUUUGCGCUAUAUUCGCGCGUUUGAAAAAUCGAACCGGCAUGACUCCUCCCGGCUGUUCGCCGAGCGAACUUUAUUCUUUAUCGUAAAUAGUUGCGAUGUGUACACGCGGCAAUAUGCACAUGUCGAUACAUUUUACCGAGAUUUUAUCGUUUCACCGCUCCUUCACCCUCGCGCCAGCGUAGUUUGUACGCUUUUAACGAACAAGAUGAGACUCGAUGGAAAAUAUCAGCGAGUGGGAGAACUCAUUAAGAGUGCGUCAUUGUAACAAAAUAUACAUAUCCCGUGGGCGGUAAUGAAUGAAUCUCGAUGUUGCGUAAUCACGCGAUUAAUUAACUCGACAAUACUUCCCUAACGGAGUGACUGCGGCUUUCGAUUUAGCCGCCGAAAUUAUAUUUAUUAAAUGCAGAAAAUUCAUUUCCACAGCGCGAUGUUGAACCGCCUGGAUGGCAAACGCACUUGCCCAGCUGUGCGCAUCGGCGUUUGCAAAUUACAUUAAUCUCCGUGGAGAUAACGAUUGCCGUAUGUACACAGCAAGAUCAAAUCUUGCGGAAUCGGCAGAAUUUUUGCGGCGAUAUACGGCGAACGCGAGAGAUCGUAAAUCUCAUUCAAAGAUUAUGAAUCGCCGCGGAGCAGACGUGCGAGAAAUGUGACGCGUUACAUUUACACGAAUGUCGUUGAUUUUUCAUGCGUGAUUAGCCGUCACCGUUCAACGAGCGCGCGAUUUAAUCAGCGACUGAAAUUCAUCAUGAUGAUUGCGACUUCUGCAUCCGCACCGACGACGAAACGCGACUUUUCCGCAUGUACGUGAUAUUUCUGAUUCCCGGCGUUUUUUUUCUUCUCGUCUACGAUCCUUUGAAUAAUUCGAGGUCGAUUUUUCCUCGAGACGAAAUUGCGAGGCCUUCGUAUUUCUGCGGGAAAGAGCAACGAUUUCAUUAUAAUUCGGUCGAAGGAUCCGCGCGCGAGAAAUCCCCGCGAUAUUGCGCGCGUUCUGUAUAUUAAAAUGUGUAUCGGGCCGCGUAUGAAUAAUAAUCGUUAAUUAAUUCCAGGCACGACGCGAGCAAAACGAUCCGCUGGCGGAAAAGCACCGCCGCCUUACAUUUCCAAUUUUUCACGCGCACGUAUAUGUGUGUGUGUGUGCGGGCAUGAUAAAUACGACCACGCGACGGCUGCUUUUCGGUGAUGCGAAGUGCAUAGCAACGAGAAAGAGGAUUUUUUAUUCUCUAUCACGCUUUCUCUCUCUCUCUCUCUGUCUUUCUCUCUCAUCCGUGAUCGCGGAUUGUCCCGGGCUGACGUUUUAUCUGGCGCAGCAAAACGCGGAGCAAACGGUUCUCCAUCAUGAGCGAAAUGUUUUAUCAGAUAAAGACCGCGCUAUCGGUCUCGCCAGAUAAGGGAACGGUGACAGACCGACGAUGACACACGACGCCCGUGCUUUCGAAGUGUACGUGUCGCUCCGGCUAUUUUUUUUCUCCAGUUCCCCAUCGCACGUGUAAUUCCCGUCUCUAUCGUUGUGCGGACUACGAAAUACGAGUAGAUAAGGUCAUGGACGCGUUGUAUCCGAAUCUCUACGACCGUUUCAAGACCGAGGGCCUCUGCCCCGUGUGUCUGAUGGAGAUGGAGCUCAUGCCUAGGUACUCGUGCGUGAACGGUCACACCAUGUGCCACCGUUGCAAGCCUUACUACUUUGGCUGUCCCACGUGCCUGGCGCCGUUGAACGUGGAAACCAUGCCGCCGCACGUAGACGUAGCACCCUCGUCGGCGCACCCCUUACCGUACCCCCGGCACCAUAUCGGCGACCAUACCCCCAGCGCGCCGUCCAUGAACGACUUCCUGGACCACGAAAGAGCUUGGGACGAACCGUCGAGAACGUCGUCGGGAGAUCAACGGCUCGAAUCCUGCUCGUACACUCAUCUGGGAUGCUGGAUAAAGGUGCCAGAGCAUCUACGGACGCUUCACGAGUCGAGAUGCCAGUUUCGACCGCAUCUCGAGGAGGAGCACAUGCCGACGGAUCUUCGUCACGGUCACGACGAUUUGGUAGAGUGCUCGUUCACCGCAGCCGGAUGUCGAGUACGGACGGUGCCAUGGAGGCGCGGCAUCCACGAAAAGUAUUGCAUGUACAAGAAUAAUUUCCAAGCAGUGGACGACCUCAGCGAGAAUCUCGCGUCCACGACUUUCGCUGAUAACGAUUAUGGCAGCGAUCCCGACGAGCUGGUGCAGUGCAGGUUCAGACGCUACGGCUGCAUGGUGAGCAUGCCAAGGAGGCGGAAAUACACGCACGAGCAGAAGUGCAACUACAAGAGCAAUCAAAGGGACGUGGACGAUGGUUUCUUUCCUUAUCCGGCCGAACCGGAAUUGGAUCCCGAGGAGCAGCUAGAAUGCAGAUGGUCCGAGUAUGGGUGUAGAAUUAAACCGAAGCGGUGCCGCAAGCCAAUUCACGAGGACAAGUGCAAUUACAGGAUGGAGGAAUGCGCGUACAAGGACUACGGCUGUAACGCCAUUUUCACGCCCGCCCGAAAAUACGCGCACGAGAGCACCUGCAGCUUCGCCAAUUAAACUAAACGGUAUCAAUUAGUGGUAUAAUUAUUGCGUAAAAUGUGUGCUUAAAGCAGGAGGAGCUACGAAACAUCUCUUUAAACUCUCAUUUCGCCGGCGAGUAAAAUUAGCCGAAUAGCGGUAUCCGCUGAAGCGCCUUCUUGAUCUUCGCAGCUCGUAGAACAGAGAUCGUGAAUCGCCUUUGAGAGGCUCGAUUAAUCAGUAACUAUUGCGUUCACCAGUUGGAAAUGUACAUUCCUGCUUUCUGUUGCAGCGAACGAAUAUAAUUGCAGCGUCGAUGUCAAUGAAUACCGAACAAACUUGGCGAUUCUGUUAAUCGAGCGUCCAUCAAAAUUUCUCGAGCUACAAUUAAACAACAAUUGACAACAGCAAAGUGGAUCUCUUGUCAUCGGCAGUACAACGUCGAGACGUGAAGUCGAUUUCGCUGAACCCAUUAACGGCGAUUUUCGAGAACCCAUGGGAUAAUAUGGGAGAAGAUUAUUUACUCUCUCUCCGUCUCGUUGCCGUCCCAUUCCGGCGCGAGAUAGCGAGGCUCGCGCCUAUCGUUUGGGGGAUGAUCUUAAGCAUGAUCGCCCGGGAUGAGGGAGUGAUGGCGCGGCUGGGAUAUCCAACACCUGCAAGCUAAUGGCGGGCCUCCCCAUGCACCCAGGAUCACACUCACCACCGCAUCAGCCGAUGAAACGACACCUACACGCUUAUGGCGGUCCAUUUAUAACGUCGGCGUGUGCAAGGGAUGAGAGCGAGUUGCGUCUCGCUGUGCGAUUACGCACGAUACAUCCCGACGCCUCGGAGCGACUGUCUCGAAGUCAAUAGCGCAUGUCAGCAACAGUUAUUGCGGUAGUCUUUAGUUUAUUAUAUCUAGUUUUAGUCGUUAGAACGAGUGAGAGAGUUGAAAGCGAUUUUGUAGGUAAUAAUUUGUGAUUUAAGUGGUCCCAAGAUCCAGACGGUGAUCCAGUAAGAGUACAGAUUAUCGUCGAGCUCUGCGAAAUAUUUUACGUAUCGAAUUGUUCUAAACUAAAUAUAAUUUUUCUCGAUAGUGGUGCUAUCACCCUUGCAUUAUGUAGGCGGCUAGCAGAUAGUGUAGGUCGAUGGUUUACUCGAUGUAGCGUCUGUAAGCAAAUAUUGGAAAAUCAGCAAGGUUCAACGCCUGCAAAUAAAGGGCGCAAACGAAGGUCGAAAUCUAUUUCUUGCGCCAUGAAAAUCUGAGACUCUCCCAUGGGGUAGAGGUGCGCACCUUCGUCCCUGCUGGAUAAAUAUCGAAUGGACCGUGUCGUGGGAAACUCUUGUCCGUUCACGACGCGAGCGAGUACGUCAUCCCGACCGGUCAGAACUUUAACUGUGCGGCGUCCGACGGCCGAAGGGAUGCAGGGACUGUUUUACAUAGUAAAGAUCAAGGAAGACCUGCCUCUCUGACCAAUGGUCGCCUUAAAGAGGAUACCGCCCGCAUCCAUGGUCGCAUGAAAAGCGAACGCACUUCCAAAUUAUAUCCGGAAACAAUCAAGGCGGCUGUUAUUCAAAGCGAUGUCACCCUCUUGAUCGCCACCCUUUACCUCGUCUAAUUACGUUUCAGACUGUUCGCUGAUUUUUAAUCAACCGCUUCACAAAGAGAGCGCACACUUCUCAAGGAAGAUGUUCCGUUUCGAUCUCGCACUCGAUCUCUCGUUGCGAUUGAAUAUUGCAAGAAUCUUAAAUGUUACAUAUAUAGGCA